AUGACAACCGGCUCCGACUCUGAGCCCGGCCGCGGCGGGGGCGACGAGGGCCCGGCGAACUCGGGCUUCCCUUCAGUCUUCUGUUUGGGAGCCCCCCACCCCCAGUUACCUCCUUCCCACCUCCCUUUCCAGGACUCCCGCCUCCCCGAGCGCCGGGGCCCAGAAACUGACCCUCGUCAGCCCCCGUCCCCAGCCCUUCCCCGCCCCCCGGAAAAAAGCGGCGGAGGGGCGUGGAGCGGCGCGCGCGGGUACGGUGGGGGCGCGCGCCCCCGGGCCCGCGCAGCAGGUGCGGCCAGGCCCCACCUCCCCUACGAGGCCCCGGCUACUCACCCCAACGAUGUUCCUCAGCGACCUAGCCGCCCGCACAGACGCCUCUUCCGCCUGCUGCACGCGCGCCUCGUAGCCACCGCCCCCUCGGCCGCUGCCGUCGCCGCCGUCCUCGCCGCCGCCGCCGCCGCCGCGGCGCGCGCCCGCUCUCACGCACAGCGCCGUGGCCGCGCACGCGCCUCUGCGCGCUGGCGUCACUUAGCAACCGAUCGACCGCGGGCCGGCGAGUCCCAGGGUUUAGGGCCCCGGGGAGAACUUGGGCGGGUUCCGCCGCUUUCCCCCCUCAGCGGCCCGACCUGCUGGCCCUCCCGAGCAAGGGCCCAGGGCGUGGCUGCCCUUCCCGCACCUGGCUGCGGGAGAGUCGCGUCAGCCCACGUCACUGUAUGGCGUCACCGGGCACGUCACUGCGGAUGGCAAGGUCCGGGCGCCUGUGGUGGCGAGAGCGGUGGCCUCGUCCAGACUGGCGCGGGCCGGAUGGGCAGCUUCUGCCGGGUGCAGGAUGGGUCUGGGUGCGCGGUUGUCGAGGGCUGCUGGGGGCGUGACGAACCGAGCCAUGCUCGUCCAGUCUACACUGGAAAGUUGCGAAGCUAAAGCAGAUUAAUAUGGGAAAAGACGCUUUGUAAAGCGUAACGCCCACCAGACUUGACAGUGUCUUUCUCUUACAAGAAGGCCGUGGGGCGAGAGCAAUGAGGAACACAUUGGAACAAUGGCGUUAGUGAAUCUGGGUGCAAAUGCGACUCUGGGCGAUGUUGGCAAGUCCGUCCCCCUAGGGCCUUGGGCAAGCUGGGGCACCGGGGUGCGGGAGUGGGGGCGAAGCUGGGAAGGACUUAGUUCCAGGCAAGGGAAACUUCGUGAACAGGACGUGGGAAUGGACAUGGGGCAGGGAGACUCCAGACAAGGUGGGGUAAGAACUUCAGCGGUGGGAACGUGGAAGAGGGGCUAGAUGUGGGUAGGUCUGACUGCAUUGAGAAGUGAGCAGCCAGCUGUCCAGUGCGGGUGCUGGGGUUGGUGGUAGUGAGGUUUAGUAAGAUCAGAAGGCCGGGUUAUCCACAGGUGUGUACCUUUCUAAAUAGCGGUGGACACUCCUAAGGAGGAUGGUCAGAUUGUGCCGGCCAUGAUGAUGAGAUCAAAUGCGGGCACGUUUGUUGGGGAGACGCUUAUUCUGCACCCGCAGUGUCUCCUUCCGUGUGGAAUGGCAUCAUUAGAACAACCCCAGCUGUUCCCUGUACCUGUGCCCACCCAGGAGGGUGGAGUGACUUCCUGACUGAUGAACUGAAAAGGAGAAAGGGCAUGUGAACUCCAUGCCAUUCUUUUUCUCAUCAAAGAGGGAACUGCCCUGGUUCCUCCUCUGCUGCUUUGGGGUGAGGGUGCUUGGUGCAGGGCUACAAAGCCAGUAAACCUGUUUAAUUCCAGCGUGCAGCAUUAGGAAAUCCUCGCCACAGGUGAUGGCCACCUUUGUCCUGUUGUACAGAAUAAUGCUCCCCACUGACCCCCUGCCCGUGAUACCCAUAUUCUGAGCUCUAGAACCUGUUCCCUUACUUGGCAAGGGGAACUUUACAGAUGCGAUUAAAUUAAGGCUCUGAGGCAAUUAUCCUGGAUCACCGGACUGGAAGCGGAGGGAGAGAAUGGGAACAGAUGUAAGGAUGGAAGCAGAGGAGAGAGAGAGAAAUUUGAAAAUGAGACACUGUUGGCCUCCAAAUGGACCCAAGGAAUGCAGGCAGCCUUAUGGGGGUGGGGACACGUUUUUCUGCCAAGGGCCAUGUGGAUAUUUAUAACAUCAUGCCUGGGCCAUAGGCAAUUAUCAGCUUAAAAAUUCACCUGCUGUAGACUUAGUGAAUUUCAGGUCUCCCCUGUCCUUGCCUUGGCAGCACCAGACCAGUUGAUUUCAUGGGCCUUAUACUGCCUGCAGUUCAGAUGUUCUCCACCCCUGCUAGAAGGUAGACAGAGCAAGAAAACGGAUUCUUCCCUAGAGCUCCCAGAAGGAACACAGCCCUGACCACAUCUCCACGGCCAGACUCACCUUGAGAGUUAUAAGCUAAUAAAUUUGUAUUGGUUAAAGCCACUAAGCUUGUGGUAAUUUGUUGCAACAGCAAAAGGAAACUAAUACAGUCAGUAAUAAAAAAUAAUUGGUUUCUUGCAACAUUCUCUUUUAUCAGGAAAAGAAGGGUACAGCUUUUUGGGCCCCUUCAGAAAUGAUAGCAAUGUGGCGGUGACUUGAUUGACAGCACCUCCACAGCCAGAGGGAACGCCCCAGAGAUAGUCAAAUUAUCCAAAAAUGAGAAAAGUUGAGUUAAAAUAAAAGCAGAUCUGGAGAACACUAACCCAUGUAAUGGAUAUUUUAAGCCCUAAGCAUAGAUGAGAUUGAUCAGGGAGAAAAUAUAGAAGGAAUAAUGAGUAGAAAGGGUAGAGCCCCCUGGGACCCACUUUAUUUGAAAGAGUUACAGACAGAGAAAGGUCUUAUAUCCACUGGUUUAAUCCCCAAGUGGCCAAUCUGAAGCCAAGAGCCAGGAGCUUCUUCCGGGUCUCCCAUGUGAGUGCAGAGGCCCAAGCACUUGGGCCAUCUUCUGCUGCUUUCCCAGGCCAUCUGCAGGGAGCUGGAUCAGAAGUGAAGCAGCCAGCCCUGAAACCGGCACCCAUAUGGGAUGCUGGCACUGCAAGGUGGAGGCUCAGCUUACAGCACCAGCCCCAGAACGCACCAACUUUGAAAGCAGGUGGAGAGUGACCAGAAGCCCACAAAGUUUGAGAAAGAGUGGCAAGAAAGAUGAAAGGAGAAUGAGGUGAAUGUAGUGCCUUGGAAGUCAAGGUAGGAAAGACGUGCAAGAUGGAAGGGGAUCCAUGGAGCUAGAAACAACAAAUAGUUCAAGUAUAUCUAGGGCUAGAAAGCACUGACUGGAUUUAGCAAAAGAAUGAUUAGUGUGGGGCUGGUGCUGUGGCAUAGCAGGUAAAGCCACCACCUUCAAUGCUGGCAUCCCAUAUGGGUGCCAAUUUGAGUCCCGGCUUCUCCACUUCCAAUCCAGCUCUCUGCUAUGGCCUAGGAAAGCAGUAGAUGGCCCAGGUGCUUGGGCCCCUGCACCCUGUGGGAGACUGGAAGAAGCUCCUGGCUUCAGAUUGGCCCAGUUGCAGCUGUUGCAGCCACUUGGAGAGUGAACCAGCAGAUGGAAAACUUUUUUCUCUGUCUCUCUGCCUUUCAAAUAAAUAAUAAAUAUAUCUUUAAAAAAAAGAAUGAUGGGUGACAGCAAUAGCAACUUCAGUGGGUAGUGGAGGCAGACGCCAAAUCACUGCGUCUACAAGACAGAUCAGUGUAGUGGAUUGGCCUCUGGCUGGGCUGAUGGGAGUGGGAUGUUCUAGUCUCAGUCCUGGCCAAUGACUAGCUAGAUAACCUUGGGCAAAUCACUCAAUUUUCCAGGUUUUAGCUUUACCAUCUGUCAAAGGAGAGGCUCGGGCUGAGUCUAUAAUUUUCACAUUAAUUCUUAGAUGAUCCUACUAACUUUAUAUUACGUUAUUUUACCCGUAACUGCACCUUCCAAAUCCUACCCAGAUCAUUUCACCAAACAUUAAGAGUCAGUACAUAUGUGCCAGUUUGGAGAGGGAGAAACACGUAAGUAUUAUUUGUUGCCAUAUGCAAGGUAUAAAUGUACUGUAAUGAUAACAGAAUCUGCAGGAGGUGACACGAGGGCUAUAUAAAGGGAUACAGUUGAGGGAUCUAUCAGGUGUACCUAAUGGAAGUUAAGGAGCUGUCCUUACCUGCACUGGGUAGGUACUGUAUAUCUCAGACGUGAGCAGGAGUUACCAGGGCGUAUCUCCACAGGGACAAAAAAACCAGGAGCACUGUGCUGAGCUGGUGGUGCCACUUACUACCUUCCAGGUAGUCUUGUUUUCAUCUGAAGGAAUAUUUAUGUAUAGUUAUUUCUAAACUAUAACUGUUUAUUUGAAAAAAAAAUGGCCACAAAUAAAAGUUAAAUGCAAGAGUAAUUGAUUUAUCUUCCCAGCAGAUCCAAAAGGAAACAUAUUUAUUGUUGUAAAUGCCGUGCUGUAGCACAUUUGCUUAUCUAGUCCUCAUAGAUCAUCUCCUUUAAUUUUGCAGACACUGGAUUACUGUAUCGACCACUGACAUUGUAUCUCAGUUUCAGCAGGUAACGCUGCCCAGGGUCAUAAAGCAGUUCAGCAGUAGAAGAAGAUUUAGACCCAGCACAGGCUUUGUCUCUCCAGGAAACCUUCCCUCAGGCUCUUAGUUGAUUUAAGUGCCCUUCCUCUGCAAUUAUGGACAGAACACGUACAUAUAUAUUUGACCACUUCUGCAGUCAUACUGGGGCUUACUAUGUGCCAGCCGCAUGGUGUGUGUGUUACCGCAUUUCAAUCUGAGAUACCUAGAUAUCUUUUCCUGAAUAAAAAAAAAAAAAAAAGAAGAAAUUUCAUUAUCGGCCUGGGAAAGCAGUAGAAAAUGGCCCAAAUGCUUGGGCCCCUGCACCCAUGUGGGAGACCCAGAAGAAGCUCCUGAAUUUGGAUGGGACCAGCUCCGGCUGUUGCAGCCACUUGGGGAGUGAACCAGCAAAUGGAAGACCUUUCUCUCUGUCUCUCCUUCUCUCUGUAACUCUAUCUC